AUGGAACGCCGUAAACAUUAUACGGAUUGUGAAACGUUGUUUUUACACAUAUUGAAGAAAUAUUCACGAAUAAUAGAAGCAAAAAAGAGUGAUAACUCGACCCUACAGAAGAAAGAAGAAGCGUGGCGGUUAAUCCACGCAGAAUAUAACUCCAGCUUAAUUAUUUCGUCCGAGAGAACCAUUGCGCAGCUGAAGAAGUUCUGGAGCAAUUUAAAAGCGCAGAAAAGGGACGUGCUGACGAAGGCACGCCAGCACGUACUGCGAACGAGAGGAGGACCACCGCUGAAUUCAACGGUGGGACCAGAUCCGGAUGUUGCAGCGUUAACACCGGACCUUAUGUAUACAGCGCCUGUGCUGUAUACAUCGAAUAAUGUGGAGGACAACAUC